AUGAACCGGAAGAAGGAGAGCGUCCUGUCGUCAGUUGCUGAUGCAAAUGGAUUUAAGUACCUUAUUUUCUGUCGAGUGAUAUUGGGAAAGACAGAACAGUUUCUUCCUGGUACAAAACCAUUUGGACCGAGUUCAGAUGAGUUUGAUUCUUGUGUGGAUGAUCAGCAAUUUCCCCAGAAGUAUAUUGUACGGUAUUCUGAUGCUAAAACUCGUGUGCUGCCAUUGUAUGUGCUGACUGUCCAAUUGGACACCCAAUCCAAAGGGAGCCUGAACGAGAUUGUAACAAGGCCACACUCACCAUGGAUAUCUUUCAACAAGCUGAUCUAUAUUCUUUCUAAGGGUUUAUCUUCUUCAAAGAUCUGCUUGAUUAAGAAGUUCCACGUCAAAUAUAUGGAAAGGAAAAUUUCUCGUGAGCAGUUGGUAACUCACCUUAGGCAAACAGUUGGAGAUCAUUUACUGAAAUCUAUCAUUCGAAAGUUUCAACAAAGAUUUUAAACAGAUGAUAUCUGCUUUUUCUGCAACUUCGAGCACUCGUGAGGAUUAACAAAUAGAACUGACAUUUGGUUGUAUGACAGCAACAGCAAUCAGACUCUUUCAUCAACUGCCUCUCACAGCAUUAACUGAAGUUUUUCCAUUGUCGAGCAUCUCUUAAAACUUCCUCUACGGAAUUAGCAGACAAGGUCUUCAAUUUUAAAUAGGUGAUUAACAGAGUAUAGAUGAUUCUGAAAUUGAUCUAUAUUUUCUUUUUCACAUGUAAAUAUCCUUGGAUGUCAAUAGAUAUUGAUUGCACUGUCAUAUCAAAACUUGUGAAUCCAAAUUUUUGGUUAUGUAGUUUUGUUUUGAGAAACAUUUGAUGGUAUCUUCAAAAUCAGUUUGUUCA